UGUGGAUGACGAUGUUUCCCAAGCGUGUCCUUACGUCUACGUCAACCACACAGGUCACAUCCGCUGGGACAGGAUGCUUCGGCUCGUCUCAGCCUGCAACCUGGAGAUCUUCAGUUUUCCUUUUGACGUGCAGAAUUGCACAUUUACAUUUGGCUCCUACAUGCACACCAUAAGGGAUGUGAGGGUUGGUCCAGCCCUGACCUUUAAGGAGAUGUCUGGAAACUCAAAGCGUUACCUGGAAGCCAGUGGAGAGUGGGAGCUGGUGGACAUACUGGGAGAGACCUCUAUCCUCCAGUUUGGGAUAGAUGAGUGGGACAUUAUCACCUUCUGGGUGAGGGAAAAUAGUUAACUUCUCUUAUGUUGGCAAAUACCAGCCGUAAAUAAAAUCGGUGACUGUCAGACAUAAUUAAACAACGAUGAUUACUUAUGUUAAAGGCAAAGUUUUGUAGAAAUGCACUCAU